GCGGGGCCGGUCCCCCGCCCUGAGCGCGCUCCGUUCCUGUUCCAGGCGUUCAUUCCCGGUCAUGGAGCCCAAGCAGGCGGACGUGUCCAUCCCACUGCAGUCCCCCGGGUGGGGGGCGGCCGCCCCCGGACCCCGGUCCGACCCGCAGCCCCGGGACUACGUGCUCUGGUCGGUGCUCAAUGUGCUGCUGUGGAGCGCGCUGGGCGGGCUGGGCUGCCUCGGCUUCCCCGCGCUCGUCUGCUCCGUCAAGGCCCGUGACUGCAAGUUGGUGGGCGACCUGGAGGGCGCCCGACGCCACAGCGACCGCGCCAGGGUGGCGAACAUCGUCUGCUCCGUGGCGGUCGCCGUCGUCUGGCUGAUCUUCAUCAUCAUCGUCGCCAUCGUCGUCUCCACGCUCAGGACCACCUGACCACCGCCUGGCCCCACCCGCGGGGUGCUUCCCCUCCCUCCUGCCUCCAAAAUGUGCCCGCUCGGGGCGCGGGGGCAAAGGGAGUGACCCCCGGUCCCCCCGCCGCCCACGGCGCGGGUGUCCCCGCGCAGGCUGGGGCGAGGGGGACAGCCACCUCCCUUCGCUCUUCUCACGCGCGUCCUGGCACCUGUGACACACCUGUCGGUCACCGAUGCCACCAAUAAAGUUGGUCCUGCCAGA